AUGGGCAAGGCAAAUAAUGUGACUGAACUGAUCAUCACUGGCCUUUUCCAGGAUCCAGAGGUGCAGAAGGUGUGCUUUGUGCUGUUCCUUCCCGUGUAUCUGGCCACAGUGCUGGGCAAUGGCCUCAUUGUCACAAUAGUCAGUGUCAGUAAGAGUCUGCGUUCUCCCAUGUACAUCUUCCUCAGCUCCUUGUCCCUGGUGGAGAUCUGUUACUCCUCUACUGUUGUUCCUAAGUUCAUCACUGACUUACUUGCCAAAGUUAAAACCAUCUCCCUGAAGGGCUGUCUGACUCAGAUAUUCUUUUUCCAUUUUUGGGGAGUUGCUGAGAUAUUUUUGCUUGUGGUGAUGGCCUAUGAUCGCUAUGUGGCCAUCUGCAAACCUCUUCACUAUAUGAAUAUCAUGAGUCAUCAAGUGUGUCACAUGCUGGUGGGUGUUUCGUGGCUGGGGGGCUUUUUGCAUUCUCUAAUUCAGGUUCUUAUCACUAUUCAGUUGCCCUUCUGUGGUCCCAAUGUGAUUGAUCACUACUUUUGUGAUCUCCAGCCGCUAUUCAAGCUGGCUUGCACUGAUACCUUUGUGGAGAGUGUCACUGUAAUGGCUAAUAGUGGCUUAAUUGCUCUGUGUUCCUUCCUCGUCUUGGUGUCUUCCUAUAUCAUUAUCCUUGUCAACUUGAGAAAUCAUUCUGCAGAGGGGAGGCGCAAGGCCCUUUCCACCUGUGCCUCUCACAUUACUGUGGUCAUCUUGUUCUUUGGACCUGCCAUAUUCCUCUACAUGCGGCCUUCCUCUACUUUUACUGAAGACAAACUUGUGGCUGUUUUCUACACAGUCAUCACCCCCAUGCUAAACCCCAUCAUCUACACACUCAGAAAUUCAGAGGUGAAAAAUGCCAUGAGAAAGUUGUGGACCCGUCGAGUCAGUCAGUCACUCAGCAAAACCAGUGGACAUUGCCACAGAGCAAAAUAUUGCUGGGAACGCGAGGCCUGA